GCCGGCUCCCGCUCCGGGCCAUGAGCCCCUCCGAGGCUCGCCGCUGAGCCCGCGUCCGGCCCCGCGCCCCAGGACCCGCCGCCGCUUGCCGGGUUCCCGAAUCCCCCCUCAGGAUCCCCUCGGCCAGGAUGGAACUGAAGGCUGAGGAGGAGGAGGUGGGUGGCGUCCAGCCGGUGAGCAUCCAGGCCUUCGCCAGCAGCUCCACGUUGCACGGCCUGGCCCACAUCUUCUCCUACGAGCGGCUGUCUCUGAAGCGGGCGCUCUGGGCCCUCUGCUUCCUGGGCUCACUGGCUGUGCUGCUGUGUGUGUGCACCGAGCGCGUGCAGUACUACUUCCACUACCACCACGUCACCAAGCUCGACGAGGUGGCCGCCUCCCAGCUCACCUUCCCUGCUGUCACGCUGUGCAACCUCAACGAGUUCCGCUUCAGCCAAGUCUCCAAGAACGACCUGUACCACGCUGGGGAGCUGCUGGCUCUGCUCAACAACAGGUACGAGAUACCAGACACACAGAUGGCAGAUGAAAAGCAGCUGGAGAUACUGCAGGACAAGGCCAACUUCCGCAGCUUCAAGCCCAAGCCCUUCAACAUGCGCGAGUUCUACGACCGUGCGGGGCACGACAUUCGAGACAUGCUGCUCUCCUGCCACUUCCGGGGGGAGGUCUGCAGCGCUGAGGACUUCAAGGUGGUCUUCACACGGUAUGGAAAGUGCUACACAUUCAACUCUGGCCGAGAUGGGCGUCCCAGGCUGAAGACCAUGAAGGGUGGGACGGGCAAUGGGCUGGAGAUCAUGCUGGACAUUCAGCAGGACGAGUACCUGCCCGUGUGGGGGGAGACCGAUGAGACGUCCUUCGAAGCGGGCAUCAAAGUGCAGAUCCACAGUCAGGAUGAACCUCCCUUCAUCGACCAGCUGGGCUUUGGUGUAGCCCCAGGGUUCCAGACCUUUGUGGCCUGUCAAGAGCAGCGGCUCAUCUACCUGCCCCCGCCCUGGGGCACCUGCAAAGCUGUUACCAUGGACUUGGAUUUCUUCGACUCCUACAGCAUUACCGCCUGCCGCAUCGACUGUGAGACCCGCUACCUGGUGGAGAACUGUAACUGCCGCAUGGUGCACAUGCCAGGGGAUGCCCCAUACUGCACUCCAGAGCAGUACAAGGAGUGUGCAGAUCCUGCCCUGGACUUCCUGGUGGAGAAGGACCAGGAGUACUGUGUGUGUGAAAUGCCCUGCAACUUGACUCGCUAUGGCAAGGAGCUGUCCAUGGUCAAGAUUCCCAGCAAAGCAUCAGCCAAGUACCUGGCCAAGAAGUUCAACAAGUCUGAGCAGUACAUAGGGGAGAACAUCCUGGUGCUGGACAUUUUCUUUGAAGUCCUCAACUAUGAGACCAUUGAGCAGAAGAAGGCCUAUGAGAUCGCAGGACUCCUGGGUGACAUUGGAGGCCAGAUGGGUCUGUUCAUCGGGGCCAGCAUCCUGACUGUGCUGGAGCUCUUCGACUACGCCUACGAGGUGAUAAAACACAAGCUGUGCAGACGAGGGAAGUGCCAGAAGGAGGCCAAACGGAGCAGCGCGGACAAGGGCGUGGCCCUCAGCCUGGAUGACGUCAAAAGACACAACCCGUGUGAGAGCCUCCGGGGCCAUCCUGCCGGGAUGACGUAUGCUGCCAACAUCCUACCUCACCAUCCGGCCCGAGGCACUUUUGAGGACUUUACCUGCUGAGCCCCGCAGGCCGCUGUACCAAAGGCCUAGAUGGGGAGGGCUAGGAGAGCAAGGGGGCCCCCAGCUGCCCCGCCCUGGGGACUCACUCCCCCAUCCAAGGCAGCCCCCCACUCCUGGGCGGUCCUUUCCUCUUGUCUGUGGUGAGGAAGGAGUCUUGACCGUAGAGUCCUCUCCCUGCCUCUAUCCCAUUCUUUUUUUUUUUUUUUUUUU